AUGUUUUCCGAAUCGAUUGUUCAUAUCUUCUUCCUGUUUCUCGUUCUGUUCAUUGGAACAUUCCGUGCCUUCGACAUUGAACUGACUGUACUGAUUCCUGCUAGUCAACGUGAAUGUUUCCAUCAAGUUCUAGAAGCAGGGAAAACUGUUGAAAUCGAAUAUGAAGUCUUAGCCGGUGGUGAUAUCGAUAUUAACUAUUGGUUUUAUUCUCCGACAAAUCGUGUUUUACAAUCCGAUUUUAAGAAACGCGAUGGACAUCAAACGUUGAAACUAGAAGAAUCAGGAGAAUAUCGAUUCUGUUUCGAUAAUUCAGUUUCCCGGUUCAAUCAAAAACAAGUUUAUUUCAGUUUACGACUCGUCAAUGAACAGGGCCACAAUGAACAAGAUCGUAUCACCGAAUCAUGGAUGAAUGAUGUUGCACGAGAUGAACUUGGAGAGUUACAAGACAAAAUUCAGAACUUCAAAGACAUUUUUCAACGUAUUUGGGAUAAUAUGGAAGCAGCACAACGUUAUCAAAAAGUGUUUAAUAACUACGAAGUCCAUGAUCGUGUUAUAGCCGAGAAUAAUUUUGAAAAAGUCAAUUUCUGGUCAAUCAUUCACCUAGUACUGAUGAUUUCAGUGUCCGUUGUUCAAGUUGUUACCAUUCGCAGCUUAUUCGAAUCGAAAUCCGCUUAUGCAGUUGUUGUGAGAGGAGUGUAUACUGUGUAUGCGUAUGUGUUUCCGAUGUCUUUAACGAAAAAGAAGAAAGCGGGUGAUGCAUUUUCAUUUGUUAAUUUUGUAAAAGAAAUGACGAAUAACGGUGAAUAUUCAAAUAAACCACGACCACGGUUAUGUCAUUUAAGACGAUGGCCUGAUUUUAACGGUUAUGGAUUUAAUUUACAUUGUGAGAAGAAUAAGCCAGGCCAGUUCAUUGGUAAAGUUGAUCGAGAAUCACCGGCCGAAUCUGCUGGUUUACGCGAAGGUGAUCGAAUUAUCGAAGUCAAUCACGUUCCGAUUGGGAACGAAAAUCACACACAGGUCGUCGCUCGUAUAAAAGAAGGCGUUUCGAGAGAUGGUACAAAACAUCCAGAUGAAGUUAUCUUAUUAGUCGUAGAUCCAGACACAGAUGAGUAUUAUAAGCGUAAGUCCAUUGUUAUACGUAGUAAUGAUCCAAAUGUCGAAAAACUUGGAGUGAAAAAUCGGAAUGCAUCAGAUAACAGUGAUGAUUCACCAGUUUCAUCGAACAGAAGUAUGGGUAAAGGGGAUUCGCCAUUGAAUAGAGAAAUCCCAUCACCAAUGCAAGCUCGAACAAGUGAAAAUAGUCGGCAAUACAAGAACGUGACAGAGAUUACUGGUUCAAAAAUUACCCCAACGAAAAAUGUUGACUCACCUACCACGUCACGCACAUCUGAUCGCGACUAUGAUCGAGUUGGAAAUACGUAUCUACCCUCAUCACCUCCUUCAUCGGACAAAAACAAUCGUAGAGAACUCCCAUCGAAUCAUGCCUAUACGAAUAUCAACUCGUCGCCAAAAUCUCCUCCACGUGAUGUGUACGCCAAACCCAUCGCAAGCAGUCCAGCGCGAACAUCAGCCAGUAACGGUUUUGGUGGUGGCGUGUUAGAAAUGACAAUGUCGGUAGCUGAGUACCGAGCUAAGUUGAAAGAGCAACAUGAACGAAAACGUGAUCCUCGACAAACCCAACAAAUGACCAUGAAACAAAAGCAUGAACUGAUCGAUGGUCUAUAA